AACAGACUAUCUGCCAUUUUUUUGUAUAACCACAAACCUACAAGUGCCAUCUAGCACAAUCGACUCUCUGAACAUAAUGUUCGAGAUUUUCACUCAAGGCUUUUCCCUUCUCAAUCUUCUUUCUAUUCUUGCAUUUUUUACUACAGUCGGUCUUUUCUUCUGUGGAAUUCCAAUAUGUCGACAAAUCUGGAAGAGAAAAGACACAAAAGAAAUCUCUGGAGCUCCAUUCCUAAUGGGAGUUGUUGGAGGAUGCUGCUGGAUGACUUAUGGAUGGUUAAAAAAUGAUGGAACUGUGAAAUGGGUUACCGGAUGUCAAGUGAUUCUGUACACAACAUACACCAUCUUCUAUUGGUGCAUGACCAAGAAGAAGCUCUACAUUUCUUUGAAAGUUCUCGGAGUUAUUGGAAUCUGCACGAGUUUGGUGCUCGCUGUUCACUUCUUCGGAAUGAAGAUCUUCCAUCCACUUGGAAUCGUUUGCCUCACCCUGAACAUUGCUGAUUUCGCAGCUCCUCUUGGUGGAAUCCGAGUCGUAAUCCGUCGUUGGGCAACUUCAACUCUUCCACUUCCAUUGUGCAUUGCCAAUUUCCUUGUGUCAACUGAAUGGUUCCUGUACGGUCUCCUCAAGAACGAUUUCUACCUUAUUUUCCCAAAUGGAGUUGGAUCUCUUCUUGCUUUCAUCCAACUUCUCUUGUUCAUCGUUCUUCCAAGAAAACCAGGACAACGUGCCCCAAUCGUCAGACUUUGGUUGUGGAUCCGUGGAGUCCGAGUGGAAGAGACCAAAGAAAUUGUUGCCGAGCUCGGAGAAUGUGAUGAGAAGGAUGACAAGAAGAUGAACAGAGCUCAGAGAUGGUCCCAAAAGAUCAAGAUGAAUGUUUCCACUGUUGCUGAAGAGCUUGAAAAUGUCAUCUACCAAUUGCCAACAAAGGAUCAAUUCGCUUAUACUCAUAAGAUCGGAGAUGAGGAUUCAUCCAGUGAGAAGACUGUGGAAACAGUUGAUGAAACUAAGAAGGCUCCAGUUACAGCUGUAGAUAAAUUGAAGGAUGCUGACAGAGAAAGGAAAAUGAGAAACGCAUUGCGAGCAGCACAGGAUGCUCGAGAAAAUGCUCUCCGAAGAACCAUCAGCUCACCGGAUCUUUCCGAGUAACUUUCAUAUUUUGAUCUUCAUCACCACGUUCAUCUCAAGCUAAGAGCUUUUUUCUCGAAUCUCAAUCUCAACAAGACUAGAACAAACUGUUCUAUAAUAAUUCAAUUCAGUCCCCCAUGUUGCAAAGAUACCCUUCUUUUUCAUGUUUUUAACCCAUUUUUAUUACAUUUUUUUGAUGUUUUUUUCAUGAUGACCCGCCUCUACUUGAGGUGACUUGACACUGUAAUUGUGUGCAAUUGACUUUUUGCUUCUAUGACUCUCCCAUUCACUUUUUGAAUGGCAUAAUUUACCGAAUGACGGGUGCCUUCUUUUUUGAAUUUCUCAUAAAGUUUUAAAGCUUG